AUGGCCACAAUGAAUCAGGCGAGCUUCUCUCGAGGUCUGCUGGCCGCACGGUCAUCGGGAGACUUCCGUAUCAACACUCUAAGGUGCAGACCUGCGCUUUAUGCACGCUCAGCCACACGGUGUAGCUCUUCGAUCAAAUCAGGGCAUAUCCCUGUAGGGGAGGAUGAAGGUCUCAUUUAUGUCAAUAAUAUUUUCCCACAUCGGUUACAAUGGCUGCUGCGCGGACCCCUCAGUCAUAUCCAGCCCCUCGAGGGGAUUUUAAAACGAGUCAACAAGCCUGGAAUUGCAGCCGCCGAUCCACUCCGUAUUGUCGAGCGGGCUCUUCCAAAGGACUUGGAAUUUGAGAUCAAAGAGGUUGUUACAAGAUACAAGGAAGGCGGUGCAUUCGUCAAGUAUGGGCUGAAGUCGCCCAUAACCAACGAUAAUAUCCAUGAUUCGAUUAAAGACCACUUACACAAAAAGCCUCUGACACCUUGGUUCAACCCAUUUCAAGAAGUCGAUGCGGACCUGGUGCGUGGAACACCCUGGAUCGAAGACCUUUACCGCAUCCCAAGCCAAACACUCAAGGUGGAAUUUUUGUCAACUUCACCGGACAGCCCAGCAGCCGAGUUGACGCAAGAGGCAUUGUACUCCCUCUUCCGUCCUUAUGGCAAGAUUCUGGAUAUCCAGCCACAGCCCUCGGACUCGAAAGUCGAACCACGAUAUGCAACUUUGCGGUUUGAGCGGCCUCGGUAUGCCGUCAUGGCCAGAAAUUGUAUGCAUGGAUUCAUUGUGUCUGAAGAAGCAGGAGGUGGCAAGUCCGGCACCAGGUUUAAGAUCAACUACGAGCGCAAGAUAAAGCUCUUUAUGAUCAAGGACUGGAUCCUCAAUCAUCCACGGCUCGUUAUCCCUGCCAUCGCGGCGUUGAUUGCGACAUUCACAGUGAUUGUCUUUGAUCCAAUCCGCACAUUCUUCAUCACAAUUAAGAUCAAAUCAUCGUACCAGGCCGAGGACAACCCUAUUGUGAAAUGGAUUCGCAAACAAGUCAGCAAAGCCAACAUGUUCUCUUUUGGAAGUCAGAAGUCUGACCCUCGAGGGCUGGCUGCUAUCUGGGAAGACCGACAAAAGGACAUCGAGCAGCUGCGAGCGUGGCUGAGCGAAACUGCUGAAACAUUCAUUGUCAUUCACGGCCCUCGGGGCUCAGGAAAACGUGAAUUGGUCCUGGAGCAAGCACUGAAAGAGCACAAGUACAAGGUUGUCAUUGACUGCAAACAAAUCCAGGAUGCUCGAGGUGACACAGCCAAAAUCUCUCGGGCCGCUGCUCAAGUUGGUUACCGGCCGAUCUUCUCUUGGAUGAAUAGUAUCAGCAGUUUCAUUGAUCUUGCUGCACAGGGCAUGAUUGGAACUAAAGCUGGCUUUUCCGAAACUCUCGAUGCGCAAUUGAGCAAGAUUUGGCAGAACACUGCCGUUGCUAUGAAGCGAGUGGUGUUGGAAGGUAGAAGCAAGGAAGACAAGGAUAUCAACAUGUCCGAGGAUGAAUACCUGGAGGCCCAUCCUGAGAAGAGACCGGUUGUGGUAAUUGAUAACUUCCUCUAUGACGCUGAAGACAGCGUUGUUCUCGACAAACUCACCGAGUGGGCGGCUGGUUUGACGUCAGCGAACAUUGCUCAUGUCGUUUUCUUGACCACGGACUCCUCUUUCUCGAAACCUUUGAGCAAAGCAAUGCCCAAUCAGGUAUUCCGAACAAUUGGACUGGGUGACUGCUCACUCGAAGUUGGUCGACGUUUCGUGUUGAGCCAUCUAGACGCCGAGGCCGGCGCCGACAAAGAAGGAAACGCGAGGCGCAAGGAAAAACUGCACGGCUUGGACCCUUGUAUCAAAAUUCUGGGAGGCCGAGUCACCGACUUGGAAUUCAUGGCUCAUCGCAUUGAGGCUGGCGAGACUCCAGAGGCUGCGGUCAACCGAAUCAUCGAUCAAUCGGCAUCGGAAAUCCUGAAGAUAUUCAUCCUUGGUGCAGACACUCCAUCAUCUCAAUACAGCCGUGAACAGGCAUGGAAUUUGAUCAAGUCCCUCGCUCAAUCCAAGGACGGCACUCUACUGUACAACAAGGUACUACUGGGAGACCUCUUCAAAGACAAUGGCGAAGCUGUUUUACGAGCCUUGGAACAAUCCGAACUCAUCUCUGUUGGGACUGACCACGGAUUCCCCCGUUAUAUCAAGCCUGGAAAGCCCGUGUAUCGCGCCGCAUUCCAACGCCUGGUCGAGAACAAGAACCUUCAAGGCCGGCUUGAUCUCUUGAUCCUGGCUCAGUUAAUUGGUAAUGAGAACUCCAGCAUUAGGAAGUAUGAGGAGGAGCUUCAGGUUCUGGGCUCAUUGCCCAAGUACCCUUGGGAACUCACCUCCCGGAUUGAAUGGCUGUUGCGUAAGGUUCAUGGAUCGCAGGCGAAGAUCCUGAAGUAUGAGAGUGACAGUGCCGCUUUGUCGAAGAUUCUGCAGAAGGAAAACUAA